AUCGGAGACGCCCUCGUCAAACUCCACGUCCUGCAAGGCGGGUUUCUCUCCGGCCUAAAAAUGUAUUCCCCAGGGUACAUGGCGCCUGGCUCGAAGAUCUUCGGACAAGCAUACACGGUGCGGAUGGUAGCAGCGUCCGACAAGACAUCGCCCACACCACCAAUCCACUUCGCAGACUCGAUUCCGAAAGACAGCAUUGUGUUUGUGUCGCAGCCGAAGGGGUUGAUUAGUGCAUGCUGGGGCGGGUUGAUGAGCAUGCGAGCGCAGAAGCUCGGCGCGGCGGGCGUCAUCAUCGACGGCCGGUUUAGGGACAUCGCCGAGCAUAGAGAAUUGGGGAUGGGGUUGUUUGCGAGGGGGGUGAGUAUUCUCGGUUCGAAUGGGUUUACGAGGUCGGCGGAGUUGAAUGUGCCAGUUACGUAUGUGAAUGAGGAGACGGAGGGUGGUGAGGUGCUUGUGAAUCCGGGGGAUUAUAUUGUUGGUGAUGCGAAUGGGGUUGUGUCUGUUCCUGUUGACAAGGUGGAGGAGUGUGUGCGGCUGUGUCGGGAGCGAUAUGAGAUUGAUGAAGAGACAAGGAUGUGUUUGGAGAGGGGGGAGGAGAUGGGGCCUACCAUUAAGAGGUUGAGAAGAUAG